GGCCCGCGGGUGGGCGAGGGCUCUGCGGGGCGGCGGGCGGCGGCGAGUGCUCGGCUGGCGGGAGGCCUGCGAGCCUGCACGGCCCGGCGCCGCUGCCCCUGCCUUCCGCCGUGUCAGCCCGCAACCGUGCGCUCCGAGGCGUUCCUUGAUGCUCGCCGACUUCUCAGCACAGACGGUGGAAAAGUUGGUUCGGGCUGAACCCGCUCGCCGAGAGUCACGGUGGGGUCCGGCCGGCCCGUUUCCGGCGUCGAGCUGUCGGUGUCGCUCGCCACCCGAGCAGAUUCUGUGAAAAUGCUGAGGAGAAAAGUGCCCCUCAGAUGAGCGUGGUCGGCACCCAGUCUUUCCCGAAGGCGAUGGCAGGGACCAAAACAAGCCGGGUUUGGUUGCUAGCUGCAAACUGAGAAAAGCUGGCUGAGGGCUGCCAGGCGGGAUGGACCCCUGUGGAGACCCGGCAGUGCCCAGCGGCGACUGUCCCCACAGCGGGGGACCGGGGCUCCAGGGCACGUCUGAUCAGGAGGGUCCGCUGCAGGGCACUUGCGUGGACAGCAGCCACAGUGAACAUGAAGACAGAAACAGAAUAUCUGAAGAACUUAUAAUGGUUGUCCAAGAAAUGAAAAAGUAUUUUCCAGCCGAGAGACGCACUAAGCCCAGCACCCUAGAUGCCCUUAACUACGCCCUACGCUGUGUGCAUAGCGUGCAAGCAAACCCAAGGCUCAGUCCACAUGGAGUACCUCAGGCAGAUGUGACUGCGUACAGUCUUGAGGAGCUGGCCUCUCUUGCUUCUGAACAUGCUUCCAAUAACACAGGUACCUUUGUGGCAGUGUUUUCUUUUCUGUCUGGAAGGUUCAUGCACGUUUCUGAACAGGCUGCUUCGAUCCUGAAUUCUGACAAAGAUUUCUUGAAGUCCUUGCACUUUGCUGACCUGCUCGCACCUCGAGAUGUGAGGGUGUUCUACGCACACACUAUUCGAAGUCAGCUUCCUUUCUGGAACAACUGGACCCGAAGAGCUUCACAGAAUGAAUAUGCACCAGUGAAAUCCUUCUUCUGCAGAAUCUGUGGAGGUGAAGACAGAGCACAAAAGAAGCAUUACUCUCCAUUCCGGAUCCUCCCCUAUUUGGUUCACGUACACAGCUCUGCCCAGCCAGAACCAGAGCCUUGCUGUCUAGCACUGGUUGAGAGGAUUCACUCUGGUUAUGAAGCUCCUCGAAUCCCUGUAGAUAAAAGAAUUUUUACCACAACACACACCCCAGGAUGUGUGUUUCUUGAAGUAGAUGAAAGGGCAGUGCCUUUGCUGGGUUACCUACCUCAGGAUCUGAUUGGAACAUCGAUCUUAACAUAUUUGCACCCAGAAGAUCGGCCUCUGAUGGUUGCCAUACACCAAAAAGUUUUAAAGUAUGUGGGCCAUCCUCCAUUUGAACACUCGCCCAUCAGAUUCUGCACUCAGAAUGGAGAUUAUGUCAUUCUGGAUUCCAGCUGGUCCAGCUUUGUGAACCCCUGGAGCCGGAAGGUUUCCUUCAUCAUUGGCCGACAUAGAGUUCGAACGAGCCCAUUAAAUGAGGAUGUUUUUGCUACCAGAAUAAAAAAGGCAACCAAUAACAACAAAGAUAUAACAGAAUUACAAGAACAAAUUCACAAACUUCUCUUGCAGCCGGUUCAUGCCAGUGCUUCUAGUGGUUAUGGGAGCCUGGGCAGCAGCGGCUCACAGGAGCAGCACAUCAGCAUCACCUCUUCCAGUGAGGCAAGUGGACACUGUAUGGAGGAAGCACAGAAGGAGCAGAUGACCUUGCAGCAGGUCUAUGCCAGUGUAAACAAAAUUAAGAAUGUGGGUCAACAGCUCUACAUUGAGUCAAUGGCCAGAUCAGUCAAACCAGUGAUGGACACAUGCAUGGAGCUGCAGGGUGGUGAUGAGCAGAAGGACUUUUCUUCCUCUCCGACACUGAAAAACAAAAGCCUGUGCACUGGCUCUUACGAGGAUCUGAGGCUAGAGCAGCAUAGUGCAUCCUAUCAGCAGAUGAACUGCAUCGACAGUGUCAUCAGGUACCUGACGAGCUACAGUCUCCCAGCCUUGAAAAGAAAGUGCAUAUCCUGCACAAACACGUCCUCAUCCUCAGAAGAAGCCAAGCCAAGCCAUGAGGUGGACUGUAGCAUGGUGCUGCAAGAUACUGAACAGAUGCUGAACGUACCUAAACAGGAAACUCCAACAACUGGACUGUCCACAGACGCUGAGGGAGGUGUCUCGUGGACCCUGUCCACUGCUGCACUGAGCGUGGGGUCUGGCAUCAGCCAGCACAGCUGCAGCAGCACCGCUGGCCAUGUCCCGCCCCUGCACUCAGCAGAGGGUGUUGCCCUAGCAUGUGAGCCCUGGACCCUGAGAACACCGCCGUCUCCCCUGAGUGCAGAAGAAUUCAAGCAUGUGGGGCUCACAGCGGCUGUCCUCUCUGCACACACGCAGAAGGAAGAACAGAACUACGUUGACAGCUUCCGGGAAAAGAUCCUGACCUCACCCUAUAGCUGCUAUCUUCAGCCCGAAGGCAGAAACAAUGGUGCAUCCUCCUGGGUUCAAGGCUGUCCUUCUAAGCAGGCCGGAUGUGCUGGAAGUGAGGGACAGAAGCACAAACGGAGGAAGUUGCCAGUGCCUUUGGACCCGAGCAGCCCCAACGCUGACUUCUGUUCCCAUGUCAGAGGACUCCUUCCGGAUAUACAGCCCUGGGUCCCUUCUACUGUCCCCUCUCCUCAUGCUGCAAGCCUAGCUUUCCCGUCAGCCCUGGUAGCUCCCAGCCAGGCCCCUUAUCUCCUCUCAUCUCUUCCCCUCCAAGACGUGGCCUCUCUGGGAGUAGGGGCCUCUGCAGGCUGGGGAGCUGCAGCUGAAUGUCCACCUCUGUCCUCUGGCCAGCAGUCUGUUUCAGCUCUCCCUUCUGCCUGCUUGGAUACGGUCAUGACCAUUUUCCUGCACAACUCCCCCAUCUUUCCUCUGUGGUCAGCGUCGUUCUCCCCAAACCCACUCCUGGGGGCCGCAGGUUCUUCUGAAAUGACACCCUUAGUGCCAGCAAUGGCACCAAACCUGGAACCAGCUUCUUCAGACCAUAGCCAAAGGAGAACAGAGGAGACCUGGGAGACACAUGGUGAAGAGCAUCCAUUCAUUAGUUCAAGGAGCAGUUCACCAUUACAGUUAAAUUUACUCCAGGAAGAAAUGCCUACACCGUCUGAAUCUCCAGAUCCAAUGAGAAGAGGUGUUGGCCCAGAGGCUGAGUGUCACUGUGACACAGGUGACGGUGGCAGCAGGAGCAGUCACUGUGCCACCGGGGAACUGGCCACAGCAUCAGUACAUCAGGAGUCUCUGUCUGCUGCUGCCUCAGGAAGCAGUAACGGCAGUAUGUACUUGAGUAGCAGCGACUAUUCUGAAAUUUCUGAAAAUGCACAGAGGUCCCAGGACAGACAGAGAAAUGAAGCCUUUCCCGGGGUGGCUGAAGAAUCCAUCUGGAGAAUGAUAGAACAGACGCCAGAGAGUGUUCUCAUGACAUACCAGGUGCCCGAGAGGGGAAGAGAAGAGGUGCUGAGAGAAGACCUGGAAAAGCUCAGCAGCAUGGAGCAGCAGCAGCCCCAGUUCUCCUCUGCACAGAAGGAGGAGCUGGCCAAGGUGCCAUCCUGGAUCCACAGCCACACUGCCCCUCAAGAAAGGCGCCUCCAAAGUUGUGUCGCAGGUGAAGACAGAGGGUCAGGUGGUGGCACUGCGGAGGCCCAUGAACAGCACCCAGCUGAAGACACCAGUUGAGCACCUGGGAAGAUGGCUGUCACACUUUUCCAGGUCAUGUGGGGCACGGAGAUGUCUGUGGACUUCACUAAACUCUAACUCUUAAACGACACUCAUCAACAUUAAGAUGUUUCCCUUGCCUUGGUUUUGUUUCAUGUUUGGUAGCACUGGGAUCAAACCCAGGGCCUUGCGCACUCUUAAGUCUGGCGCUCUCUACGGCUGACCUAUAUCCCCAGGCCUCCCUUCUCGGUCUUUAAUGGAUGAUCUUUUCCCAAAGCAGGCAUCUGCAUAGGCCCUUGUCCCGACAGUAAAAGCGCCAGGAGAAGCCUCCUCUAGCUUAGCUGUCUUCUGAAGACAGCAGGUUGCCUCUGAAGAGGUGUGUGUCCGAUACAACUUGAUUUCAGAAGUCACUCUAAGUUACAGGUAGAGUGAGUCCCCAGCCUUCGCUUCCUUUGUUCUGGUGUUGCAGAGUCAUUUUCCCAUUAGAAUACUUGAAUUCUGUCCACAGGUUGUGUAGUUCACACGAUGUUUUCCAUGGAUUUAACACAUUGAUCUAGGCUUUGUACAGCAUGGUGCUUCCCUUCCUGAUUAUGAUAAGACAUUCCACCUUUCUCACAAAAUAUUAGAGUGCGUCCUUCUCUAGUAAAUGUGGGAAUCAUGGAUUGGUUGUUUGGCCCCGUUCUUGUCCACGCACUUCCUGUUGUUGUCGGCCUCUCACAGAAACUCCUUCCAUAAGAUCUGUCUGCUUGAACAGGGCUUACUCUGGAGAAUUCAAAUUAAGCCUUGCAUGCUAAAAGAGCCGCUUACUCAGCCAUUAGUAUUUUUUAAAGGUUUUUUUUUUGUUGUUACAAAAUAAAUGUGAAAAGUUUUUUAAAUUAUGUUAUUGUUGCUCUGGAGAUGUAUGUGCUUAAAUGCUCAGCCUGACAGUUAACUUUUUCUCUUUGCCAAAUCUACACAAGAGGUCUCCAUGCGGAUGAGAGGCCAGAUUGGCACUGCCUUUUGUUUGCCCUGGAACAGGGUAAGUGUUUGGGGCCUGUGGAGUGAGAAACUGCCCUUCAGGGAUCUCAGUGACCCCAGCCUUCGGGGACUGCAGUUCUGUCUGUCUGUUUGUCCACUCCCUACCUGCUGCUCUGGACUAGAGACGCCUGAGACUCAACUCAGAUGACUGUGGGAUCCACAGCAUGCGGAGCCGGGAAGGCACAGCAGGGAAGGAAGUCUGCAGUGGCCUCACGCGUGUUCCUCCCAGCAGGCUAACAGAGUGUUUUUUCUGUUGCUUUGUUUGGUUUUAGGAAAACACUUUUCUCUGACCGGUCCUAGCUGUUGAUAAAUGUUCUGUCAUUCUGGUUAGGAGAAGGUAGUGACGACUGCUGGCCCCGUGCUCCAGCUCUGCGGCUUAGACUUCUUCUCUAAAGGAAUGGUUUUCCUGGAUGGCAGGCUGAUUGGAAGAUGUCAGAAACAUUCUCAAAUGCUGCCUAUGAGAUGCUUAGCAUUUUCUGGUAUUAUGCACUUCCACAUAAAUGUCCCUGCUGUGUGAAUAGAGACUUCUCAUAGUCUGCUCCAUCCUGGUAGUUAUAUGAUGUCAGAGGCCUGCGUGGGUCAGGCUGGCCUUCUCCAGUGAAGGGUUAUGGUGUUUGGAGCUACCAGGAUCGUUCUGCAUGGACACAUCCAUCAGACCUGAUGUGCUCUGGUGAGAUGGGCCCUUUCCUAUUGGUUCUGGGUACUUCUUUCCUUAUUUCUCUGCCUUAGUCACAUCUUACGGGGUAUGUAUUUCCAGGCUUGAUUUGAACUGGUGCUGUAAGUCAGGCUGUAAAGCCCCUAAGCAAGUCUCCUCUGCUGGGGAUGCCAUCAGUGCACUCAGCAUCCCUGCUGCUCAGGCAGGUCCAGCAGAGAUUGCUGCCCCCCGUGGGGGCCAGACCCAGUGGAAACUGUUGUUCAAGCUUACUAACUUUUGUAUUCAUGACUAUAGAAUUGGUAACAAAAGUAUGUAUUGUAGACUUCGAUGUUUACAUAACUCUUUCCCCAAAGCUUUAUUUUCUUGGGUCACAGGUCAAAAUUUAAGGAAACAAGAUGUUGUGUGAAUGAAUUAAAUGAAAUAUCAUUAUAAUUCAUAAGGUGGUAAAUUUUAAUCAAAUUGCAAUUUGUUUGUAAUUGUGAAUUUGCUUGUACUUAAUGGUUAUUAAUCUUUUCAUUGGAUAUCUUUUUUGAGUAAAAACAAUAAACAGUGUAUGCGUAAAA